CCUGGAAGCAUCCGCAACGGUGGUGGUGGUGGUUGGAGGCAGUUUGAGGCCAGAGACGGUGCAGUGAGGUGGGUGAGGACUGAUCUCUCCACGUGCGCCUCUCUCCUCACCUGUUUUCUCAUCUCCCGUAAGCCAAGACGCUUCAGCAGCUACGAUGAGGCAUACGAGAGGUGGGGAAGGAGCCGCGACUAUGUUUUCCUGGAAGGCGGCGGCGGUAGUGUUGGCAACCUUGGGAUUUUUCGCACCCGUUCAUGGUCAUUUCGGGAGCUGUGAAGACCACACCCCGGAGUGCCCUCGCCUUGCCAGAAUCGGACUCUGCCAGUCACGCCGACAGUUUAUGCUGCAGAACUGUCCUGUGAGCUGCAACGCCUGUGUAGACCCAAACUGUUUCGACCGGAGCGCUCGAUGCACCCCGAUGGCGCAGAGAGGGUUGUGCGAGACCCAAAAGUCAUUCAUGUUGGCGCAGUGUCCCCACUCCUGCGACGCCUGCAGGAUCGGGGCGCCCACUGCUAUAGGCUUCACUAACUUAAAGACUAUCAUCAAUCCGGACUUCGACUGUGGCAGGCCUUAUCCCCCGCAGGCAGGACGAAGGAAGCGCCAGAUUAUCUUCCCCGAUGAGAUCGAGGAUAUCAUGAAGAGAUUCCCGCCGGGCGCUGUUGCCAACCCUCGCCGCCCACAGCCGCAGGAAGGCACCCAGCCAGUCGUGCCACUGUCAUCGCCAGGCACACCGGCGCCGGCACCAUCAGAAGGUCUCGGUGACCUGAGUGUGCACGACACCUUCUGCGGCUCCACGCCCAUCACAGACCGCUUCCUGCUCACCGCCGCUCACUGCGUCUUCGAUUCUGACCAGCCAGUGAGGACUGUGCGGCUGGGGGAGCUGGACUUCUCACGGGAGGACGAGGCCAACGCGAGACCCGUGGACUACGCCGUGGAGCAAAUUAUCGUACACCCCGACUUUGAUCCAUCGUCGCUGGAGAGGUACAAUGACGUGGCACUCAUCAAGACAGUGGAGCCGAUGCAGUUUAACGAGGUGGUGUUUCCCUUCUGCCUCUCCGACAAGACCCCGACCCCCGGCUCCAGUGUCACCGGCGCAGGCUUCGGUCUCGUCAACGCCACACACAGACCCUCGCGGCUACAAGAGGCGGACCUGGAGGUGCUGGAGGCCUCGAGGUGUGAGAGCAUCUUCGAGCGGGAGCAGUUCACGCCACAGUUGAGGCUGAGGUAUCCACAGUUGCUGCAGGGCCAGAGUAUCCUGUGCGCCACCUACCCUGAUAGGAGCGCCUGCCAGGGUGACUCCGGCGGCCCGCUCUACAUGGACAGGAACAAUCUGCGCUUCCUGGUGGGCAUCGUGGGCAGCGGCGUGUCCUGCAGGGCCAACGGCAUCUCUAUCCUACCGGGCCUCUACAUCAACGUGGCGGACCAUAUUGAGUUCAUUGACAGUGUUCUCUACAGCCCGUCCCCCUUCUGAGCACCAGGACGCCGUGAGGAAAACCCCUCUCUCUCUCUCUCUCUCUCUCUCUCUCUCUCUCUCUCUCUCUCUCUGCGCUUUAAUCUGUUAGUGGUAACUGUCCUGUGCAUUUGUUAGUCUAUCAUAAAGACUGUUUCAUACUAACAACUGCUACUACUACUACUACUACUACUACUACUACUACUACUACUUGGAGCUUUAAAAGAAAACGUAACAAAUAUAAGGAUGAAAAAUGCUGAAUAGAAAGAGGUGGAUAUGUUUUAUACAGCAAUUGCCACGUGUAGGCCUAACGGCUUCUUGCAGCUUCUUUCUAAGACGGAAGCUGCUGAAGAGGUGAGAGGCGAGCAGUCCCUUUAAUAUCAUCCCAGUUAUCGUUCAUCUGUCAUUCUACAUUACGCUGUGUCGCCAGAAAGGCUGAACAGCGCUUCCCGUACACUCUUCAAGUGUGCCUUAACGUAAAAAAAAAAAAGGAAAUGUAAAUAAUGUUCCAAUGGUAACCAGGAUUUUGAAACACUUCCACGCUGCACCUCCGCUCUAGUUGAUGUUACACGGUGGGUUUUGUUUGUUUUUUCAUGUAGGAGGGAAAAAUUGGCUUAGGACUACAAAAUUUGUUGAACAAAUAGGCCCACUUAGAUGCCAGUCCCCAACACGGCGGAGAGGUGUUUUCUUAUGGUUCUAGUGAUAGAUUAACGAGAUUUCUACAUUCUUAAGAGGAGAAACACUCUUGAGAGCCCGGCUAAUGAUCUCUGUGACCUUUGAAAGUAGUUGUGAUGAGAUUAAGUCGUGUUGAAAUUGACAGGAAAGGAAAUGUUAAUUAGAUUUGUUAUUAUAGUAAAGACUUCUCACUUUUGUUUUACGUAAUACAUUAUGGGGAAGAUAUUGCACUCUCUCUCUCUCUCUCUCUCUCUCUCUCUCUCUCUCUCUCUCUCUCUCUCUCUCUGUGUGUGUGUGUGUGUGUGUGUGUGUGUGUGUGUGUGUGUGUGUGUGUGUGUUUUUCUUCGUCCUCUAUUUCCGUGAGUUAUAUAAGACGUUUUAUGUGUCUAUUAAUAAAAUUAGUUUCUUUGACCUACAAUUCUGUUAAUUUCUCCUAUCCCAUGUGUAAACCAGAGAGAGAGAGAGAGAGAGAGAGAGAGAGCACAAUAUCUUUCCCAUAAUACAUUACAUAAAACAAAAGUGAGAAGUCUUUACUAUAAUAUCAGAUCUAAUUAACGUUUCCUUUCCUGUCAAUUUCAGUAUUUUCAGUAUUUUUAUUCCUCUGAGAGCAGGAAGGUGGGGACUCCAGGGUUUUGACAGCUCUCGGUUGCCAUGAAGAGCACAAGAGCGUCCGCAAGUACCAUAAACAAAUCAUGCCACACGCCUUCAUUGUUUCCAUGUCAUUGUGUUAUUCAGGACAAACGUGAAUUCCUUGAUUGAAAAAAAAAAAAAAAAUAGGGAAAUGUAAACAAACUAUAUCACUCGCCUUUAUUGUUUUAUUGUUAUUGUGCUGUUGAGAAGAACAGAAUUAAAUGUUUUGACGUGAAAGAAAAAUAAAGAAAUCAAAAGUG